AUGGUUGGAAGUCUCGCAACUUGUGGGUGUUCGAGAAAUUGCAUAGACCUCCAUUCUUUGUUGCCAGAGCUGCUACUCGGGAUUGGGAAGCUUUUGUCCAAGGCAGUAGAUGUUAGGUGUGUUGUUCUUUCUUUUCCCUUUGUGAUUCAAGAAAUCUCUCUGGCUUGCAGAAAAAGACAAAGUGGAGUUCGUGUUGACCAGGAACAGGUGCAUGCCCCGAGCUUGUUCAUCCUCUGCUCCGCAUAUAUCGGCCCCCCAAUCAUCGGCAUCCUGCAUGACACAGCCUCCAGGAUGGAGCUCCGGCUAGUGGGUCACGAAUCCGGCCACCGCUGCUGUUCCAUCACCACUCUCUGCGGCCAAUGA